AUGUGGCGUGGCGAGGUUACCGCGGGCGCCGCGGAGGUGGAGGGGGAAGGGGAGGACGGGGGUACAGGAGGGACCUUGGGUUAUCCGAGUGCUUGGUUUCUCGGUUCCGCGGCUUUCGCUGCUGUUGGAUUCGCCGAGCCGGAGCUGCCGGAGAUGACCGUCUAUGAGCUGAAGCUGCAGGCGAGGGCCAGCGGCGGCCACGACGCCAAGGACCAGUUCCCUGUCGGCAUGCGCAUGCUCCAAAUGGAGGCCCCUUUCUUGUCCUGCGAUAGCGAGGUUGCUGACAAGGGAUUCUGGACGAAGCUGAAAGACGCUAUCCACCAGUUCAUCGAGGAGCUGAUGGCACCGCCCACCAAAUCUGCGAUAAUUGGGUUCGUUGUUGGCCUGGUCUCAUGGCUGAAAUCCCUAAUCGUCGGCUACAGAGCUCCUUUCAAAGUUAUACAGGAUUCCCUCCAGCUGAUGGGCGACGACACGAUCCCUUGCAUCACCCUUAUCCUAGGUGGAAACCUGACUCAAGGGCUUCGGAAGUUGGCGCUGAAGUGUGUGGUGAUCGUCGCGAUCCUGUGCGUCCGCUUCGUGCUCCUCCCGCUGAUCGGCAUCGCCGUCGUCCGCGCCACGUACGGGCUCGGCUUCCUGUCUCGGGACCCACUGUACCGCUACGUGCUGAUGGUGCAGUUCGUCGUGCCUCCCGCAAUGAGCAUCGGAACGAUGUCUCAGCUGUUCGACAUUGGACGAGAGGAAUGCUCCGUGAUUUUUCUCUGGAUGUACCUUUUUGUCGCGGUUGCGCUGACGGCGUGGUCGACGGUCUUCAUGUCUGUUCUGUCUUGAUUGAAGUCGGUCACUGGAACCAAUGCACAGUAGCAUUUUCUGAGCCUAUUGUUGCUCAAGGCAUUCAGCUUAGCAACAGGAAAGGAGGGGAUGGUGAUGGGUCUCAUGUCUCAAUGAGCAGGAGAAAAGCUAAAGGUGACAUACAACAGUAUAUAUACACAUAGGCAAUAGUAGACUAUGAUCAUAUAGGUAAUUGUUUAUUAAUUUAUUGUGUUGGGCUGAUGGGUGAU